AUGAACAACAAUAAUUUCAAGAUAUUAUCGGCAUUCCGUAGGCUAGCCUCUACGGGAACAUAUCCCGGUUCACAAAGAAUGACCUUACCUAGGAGACCAAUGAAAAAGAUUGGGUUAGGAAGGGCCAGACCUGCUAUAUAUCAUCAAUUUGAGGUCGCUGUAGAAAUGAGUGAUGGCAGUGUUGUAAUGAGAAAGUCGCAAUUCCCCAAAGCUGAGGUUAGAUUAAUACAGGAUCAAAGAAACAAUCCAUUAUGGAACACCAGUAGGAGUGAUCUUGUCGUCGUUGAUGCGAACGCAGCAGGUAGUAUUGAUAAGUUCAAACAAAAAUAUUCAUCAAUAUUUUCUGUUGAAGAAGAGGCAGUAGCUUCGACGUCUGAUGCUAAUGCUAAACUUACAACCGAGGUAGAAAGGACAAAGGAAGAAACUAAGAAAAAUUCAAAGGUGGAAACAGCUGAGAAAUCGGAGGACCAAGCACACGAUAAUUUUGGUAUGGAUGACUACUUAUCGUUACUAGAUGAUAAUUCAAAGCAGAUAAAAUCUGGUAAAAUUGCAUCCAAAAAGAAUUCGUCCAAGAAGAAAUAG